AUGAUCACCGAUCAAGUCGAGUUGGAUUCAUUGGGAAGUCUCGCUAAAUGCUCAAAAAAAUGCAGCGAAGAAGUUAUGGGAUCAAAAAAUUAUGUGUAUUCAAUGGAAUUGAUUGAAACUCCAUAUUGGGGAGACUUUGAGCUCUACUUCACACAAUCUCCACAAAUCCCAAGAAGUUCUCGAUGGUUCGUAGAAUUCGAGCCAAAAAGAUUUGGUCCGGAUGAAGAGGAUUGCGAACCAAGGUGUAAAGUAAAACAGUGGAAGUGAGUAUAUUAACAGGAAUUCAGAUAAUAAGAAUAAUCCGUUGCAGAUGCUAUAACUUCGGGCCAGAUUGUCUUGAUGUUGAUAUUGAAUUUGGAAAUUUGAUAGAUAUUGUUAUAACUCAUGUCAAUCAAUAUUUGGAGAGACACAAAGAUAAUUUGGUGUCUUUCAAGAUGACUGUGGUAUUUUACACUAAAAAUCUGUAACGUCUACAUAAAAUCAAUUUUCAGUCAAAUCAAAACCGAAAUAAGUUGAUGCGCGGGAUCAAUAUUCCAAAAAUGAAAAGAUUGAAACAUCUGUGGAUCGGUGAAGUUCGCAAUCAACUUUGUAUGCUCAAAUACAAAUUCAUCGAAUUCGAACAAUUGAAAACUCUCGAUUUCAUGAAACUUCCCGCAACAAUUUUAAAAUUCGAUCAACUUAUUCAACUUCGCGCAAGUUAUAUUCAUAUUUAUUAUAUGAAAUUGACACCAAAAGAUUUGGGACAAUAUUUGAAAUUGUGGCAAGAAGGAAAACUUCAUAGAAAUAUUCAAGUUUUGAAAAUCAGCGCGCAAUUUAAUAAAACUUUGUCGAAAAGAAGAAUUUCGGUGGAAAUGGAUGAAUUUGAAUAUGAAAAAUUGGAAGAUGAGUGAGUUUUGCAACAAAAGUGUUGAAAAAGUAUUGAAAAAUUUUUCAGCGGCGAAGACAUCAAUUUCGAGGUCAAUUCAAGUGUUCUCAAUAAAUGCGCCUCAGUUUCCAUCAAAGAUUUAGGAUUGUCUUUUGUAAUGUCUGUAUCAUCAUAA